GCUAAAUUGUCUCGCGUCUCCUUUAAAAAUGUGAUCGCAUAGAAUAAGGGACUCUGAGCGCGGAAGAAAACAGGAAACGCCUCUUUUGCUUUCCCUCGGCGAAUGGACUCUUCCGCCUCCCCGCCGGCCGGAAUAGUUUGACCUCUUUAGAGAGAACAAGAAGGCCUGAAGGAGAGUAACUAUGGUGAAUAUCCUCCAGCUUGUGCGAGAUCACUGGGCCCUGACAUUGGUUCCGAUUGGAUUUGUGGUGGGAUGUUACUUUGACAGGAGAAAUGAUGAGAAACUGAGCUUCUUCAGAAACAAAAGCAAAUUAUAUCACAGGGAAUUGAAACCUGGAGAAGAAGUCACAUGGAAAUAAUGUUUCAAAUGAAAUGAUUGUGUCAUUGAGUGAAACAAAAAUUGUUAGUCCCAGGCCAUCUAUUAAAUUCAUGACUUUAGCAGGAGCUUAAGAAGUUACUUUUAAGAAGAAACGCAUAACAUUUUUUCCAGUUAUGAAUGAAUGUAAUUGCAUUCAUUUUUCUUUAGAGUAAAAUUCUAAAGUUUGUAUUUCUGGAAUUUCUUCUCUGGGGACAUACACAUGAGAUCUUUUUUCCACCUUUAAAUAAAAAGAAGAUGACAACCA